AGUGUUUAAAGGUCGAUGAGCCGCAGUCGUAACCCCCCUCCCCGGGGUCAUGGGGCAGCCCGAGCCAAACAGAUGGGGCUGCUGCUUGACCUGUCCCCGGAUGGAGGGAUGGAUGAUGAGGGGAAUGAUGAAGAGCUGGAGGCAGAGCUUCUGAGUCUGGUGGGAGGAGGUGGAGGGAGAUCACAAGGGAAGAAAGCUCCUGUCCCCAUGGCCGACAUAGAGCGAAUGGCAGCUCUUUGUAUGAAAGACCUUGAUGAUGAAGAAAUAGGGGAUGACGAUCUGGAUGAUGAUGAAGAUCUGCUGGCAGAACUGAAUGAGGUUUUAGGGGAUGAUGAGGAACAAACUCCCGCUCCCACCCCUCCUGCCAUCACGCCUACUGCUCCCAAAGUGAGCGUCACAUCCCACUCCGCUCCUCCCACUGCUCCCAGUGGUGCAACUGGGUUGGAGUCUCUCCUUCUGGAGCGCGUUGAAAUGUAUAAGACGGCCAUUUCCAAUGCUAAGGCUGCCGGGGAGACUAGCAAAGUUCGAAGAUAUGACCGUGGAUUUAAGACACUGCAGUCCAUGUUGACAUCUGCCAGGAAAGGGAAACCAGUCAACGAGGAGGAGAUUCCGCCUCCAGUUGCUAUCGGUGGAAAGCCCAACGUCACAGACGAGUCUGGAUCAAUCAAGGAGCGAGAGCUGCCAGCGCCCACGCUGAUGCCCUCUCCUCCCACAAACCAGAAACCUCUAAGGGAGGCUGCGCCGCCAGCUCCUAAUAUGAAGCCACUCCAUCUCACCGUGCCCCAAAAGCCUGCUGCCGCCUUAACACCGGAAACACCCGCCAUCUCUCCCCUCACCCCCGGCCACCCUAACACACAGCACUCAGAGCUGAAACAGGCAGUGUUGUCCAGACAGAGGGAGUACAAGAUUGCUGCCAUACACGCCAAACAGAAUUCUGACAUUGACCAGGCGAAACAGCACUACCUCACUGCCAAGAAGCUGGACACACUGUUGGAGGCCCUGGACAGAGACGAACCAGUAGACCUGAGCUCCCUACCUCCUCCUCCUGGAGACGUAGUAGCAGAACACUACGCACCUCCUCCUCCUCAGUCUUCCUCUAAACCUGCUGCCCCGACUGCACCAGCACCCACCCAGGUGGUCGCUGCCGAUCUGCCUGCUCCCAGCAGCUUGGCAGAAGCCCUGCAGCAAAGGAUGGACAUCUACAAGUCAGCAGCAGAGGGAGCCAAGAGCAAAGGAGAUGAUCGUAAAGCUCGCAUGCACCAGCGCAUUGUCAAGCAAUACCAGGAUGCCAUCAGAGCCCACAAAGCCGGACGACCUAUCACCCUGUCCGAUCUACCUGUGCCGCCAGGCUGUCCUCCACUUCAGGGCUCAGAGGGGGUUCAGCAGAACUUCAUGGGGGUCCUGGAAACGGCUAUGAAAAUAGCUAAUCAGGACGCAGACGCAGAAGAUGAUGAAGAGGAUGGACAAAGAGAGGCUGCCAAGCCUGCAGUUCUUCCACCUGCCCAGAAAGCAAAGUCUCCAGCUCCUCAGGCCCCUGGAGGCUCCUCAGCUCCAAAACUGGGAGCUAAAGCCCAGCAGCAAUUGGAUUUCCUGUUGCUAAGGCGACAGGCUUUUAUGCGUGCAGCGCUGCACUCCAAACAGAUGAAGGACAUGACUGGAGCAGCGCAGCACCUCAGACAUGCCAAGGGACUGGACCCCAUGGUCACUGCUGCCAAGUCUGGCCUACCCGUUGAUGUCUCCAAGAUUCCCAGUGCUCCAGUCAGUGAGGAAGACUACUCCCUGUCUCGCUCCCGCACCUCCCCUCGCUCCAGUGAGGAGUACCAUCGCCUCAUGGAUCUUUUGCGGAAGCAGCACGAGAAAUGUUUGGGAUACUCUCAACAGCUCACACUCUUGGGCAACGUGGCUGAGGCUCUGAAGUUCGAGAAGCUGGUCGAGGACUCUAUGAAGAGCAUCAACAUACUGAAGAACGCCCACGCAAAGGGCCAGCCAGUCCCCAAGUGCCGCACGGAGGAGCGGACCCUCAACACCGUCAAGAUCCACACCAGCCUUUCACCAAAUGACCUGAUACUGUACAUCAUCAAAGGCAUCAACCUACCGUGUCCCUCAGGUGUCUCAGCUAACGACCUGGAUGCCAGUGUGAAGUUUGAGUUUCCUUUUCCUAGUGCGGAGGAGGCUCAGAGGGAUAAAACAGGCACGGUAAAGAGCACCAACAACCCGGAGUUUAAAGAGAAUUUCAAACUCAAUAUCAACCGCGCCCACCGAGGCUUCAAACGAGUCGUCCAGUCCAAAGGCAUCAAGUUUGAAAUCGUCCACAAGGGAGGCCUGUUUAAGACAGACAAAGUUGUGGGCACUGCUCAGCUGAAGCUAGAUGCCUUAGAAAACCAGUGCGACGUUAGAGAAAUAAUAGAGGUGAUGGACGGACGAAAAGCUACAGGUGGCAAGUUGGAGGUGAAGGUGAAGAUCAGAGAGCCUUUAACAGGAGCUGAUCUCCAGCCGGUGACGGAGAAGUGGCUGGUUCUCGAUCCGGUGUCCUCCCUUUCUCCUCCAGAGAGACAAAAGGAACGAGCUCCAUCUCCUCGGUCUAAACCCAAACAUGAGGCGAGCAGCCGGAGCGGUCAUCCCAACAGCUCUCCUCCACAGUACAAACUCCACAGCUUCAGCCUCCUCAACUAUGACAGGGAGCGACUGGAGAGAAAGAUCGCGGACUAUCGAAAGGUGCGACGGGAUCCCCCAUCUGACCUCCUCCACCAACACAAAGAGGUCACAUACAGGCUGCAGUGGCAGAAAGCUCAGCUGGAGCGAGCCUCCUCUUCUCUACUGACGGAGUAUGAAAAUGUGCUGCGGCACUCCGUCCAAGGGUAUGCUGACUCAGUGAAAAAACACUCCAGCCAAGGCAACAGGGACGCUGCCAAGGAUGCACUUGGCAGGAUGAAGAUGGUAGAGACCGAGCUGGAAGCGCUGAAAAGGAAACGCAUGGGAUGAGAGGAGAGUAAGGGAAUGGAGACUUGGCUGGAGGACUGUUAUAUCAUGACACUCUCUCUCAUACACACUCUCAUGUACAAACACUACAUUGGGGACUUUAAGCACCUUUAGCAUGAUUCUAUGCUGCUCAUAUCCAUGACAACUGCAUGAACCAACCGGAUGAUUCUGUCAAUUGAUUGUAAAACGUGUGUCACUUUGUGGUUACCCCCCUGGGAAAGUAAUUAAAAGGAAAUCAGUAACUACAAAGGGACACAGAAAAAUUUAAGUAAGCAUUACAAUGUGUUAUACAAAGAAGGAGCAGGUUUAUUUGCACUUAAACACUAGAGAGAGCAGCUUUUGAAGCUUAACAUACUUUACCUAUGCCCUGUUCAUUUUCUAUUCCCAUCUUUACCAUUUAUUCGUUUUACAUUUGGCACCAGCUCAGAGAGUCAGAUGGUGCCCGUAGAUGACCAAAACAAAUAUGUGUGCGUGCUCUGACGUGUGUUUAACCAAUAGAGUGAGGCGUUUUUAACUCCUUUUCCCAUAUUUUAUGUGUGUAAUGAGCUUAAUCUAAUCUGUCUGCUCCAGUGUUCCCAGAUUACAGUAAUCUGCUCCGUUUGGAGUGGUGUGAUAUGGGAAUAAAAAAAAAAAACGGGGCUCCGGGGCGCCGCAGCCUACAUCCCAUAAUGAGGGAUUAGUGUUUGUGUCACCAAGGAGACGCCUAGAUCAGACGUAGAGUCGCCUUUGGGGCUGGGGAGAGGGGGUGUUAGCAGCGUGCCAUGAAUGUGGUAGAAGCUUAGCUCUGCAAAAGGAUCACUUCUUCUUCUUCUUCUUCAUCAGCUGUUUCUUCUUUGUUGUUCAUCUUCACUUUCUUCACACUAAUUCCUUUUGCGUAUAUUCAAAGAUUAUUCAGAGUCAUGAGUAAUAGGCGGCUCCAUUUGGAUUUCCUUCAAACUCUUAAACAAUAUUAAACCCAUUAUAGUGUCGAUUGUAUAAUAAUUAUCAGCUGCUGUGUCAGCGUGCUGCUAUUUUGCACACAUUUGGCAUACGCAGUUGACAAAACCAGAAUCUGUCCCGCUGAGCUCUCCAGUGGCAGCACAGUGGGCGCUGAACAGUCUGCCCACAGGAGGACAACCCAACAUGUGCCAGUAAGGCUGCGUAAUUGCUCAUUUCUAUUUCUGUUGCACCAUAGACAUCACUGUCAUAGCCGUUUUGUCAUUCCUCUCUACUUUACAUUUACUGUGACAGUGAAGUCAAUGGUACAAAAUUCAGACCAAUCCUGUAAGAUGUCAUAAGAUGUGUGACAAAAUGCAGACGCCUUUAAAAUUAGUCUUAUUGCCACAACACAUCUGGAUGAACAACAGCAUGUAUUCUCUGUUCUGUUUAGUUCUCUGGACAGAUGUUUCCUCUGUGUGUUUGACAACUUGCUAACCUGACAGCAGUCAACAGCAGAUUCUGGUGAUCCUCUUUGAUUUAAUGCAGCCAGAAAGUAGCAGUAGCGACUUUAAUAUGAGCCGUGCUGUAUGUUUUUUUUAUUUGACUCUUCACUGUGGAUGAUGACUGUUAACUCCGCUAAUAGUUUUUUAGUCAUGUGACACAGCAGAGAAUCAUGUGUUUGUCCUAAUCCACCCACUGCCUCGCCCCAUUAGCAAAUAAUCCUGGUUAAAGUUGACCUGAUAAGGCCCUCCAUAGUCUGUGUUGAUUUUUAUGUAACAUCCCUUCCCCCACACAUUUUUUUUUUUUUUUUUUAAAUCUAUCAGGAGAAGAUAUCUUCUGACUAUUUGUAAGGGGUACGUUAUGGUGCUUUUGAUCAACUGGUAUUCAUUUAAAAGGACAGAUGGCUGCUUAUAGUGACUUGAUAACCUUUAGUUUAAUAUGGAGUACAUCUUAGAUUACUUUACCAGUGUGAGUUUGCAACUUUAACUCCUUAACUACAAGUCUUGGACACGUAACAUUUUCAAAUGUAAGCAGCACAGUUUCGCUUUUGCUGAGUUUUCCCUGUUGUUCCAGGCAGCCGUUGGUUUCCAUAAAUUGCAGUGCAGGAUUGGAAACAGUGAGCAGACUAUUUAAAUUUGCUUGCUAAACAUUUGGCAAAAACCUUUACACAAACAGAUUCAGACAAACACUUACACAUUGUUUGUGCAUCAUGUUGAAUUUUUAAGUUUUGCAGUUUAAUUUUCUUUUAAAACUCCCAUGAACUUUGAAGAUUAAGAUAACAUAACUAGUCUACUGAUUUGGUUUUCAUACUUUACAGGAAUUAAUGGAAACAAAUGGCUGACUGAAACCACAUUACAGAACCCAGAGAUAUAGUGAUCAGUGUACUAUCAGUUAAGACAAAGAAGAGCAACACAUUCUCAGACUUUAGCUGGAUAAAUGGAAUGUGUAGACCUUGAAAAAUGACUCAAGCAAAUUGAUUAUUAAAUUGAUUAUUCAUCCAGAUGUUUCUGAUAUGCAAAAAAUGAUUAAACAUUUAUUAAACACAGCAACAGUUUUGUUUCUGGAAGGACUAGCUUUGAUGCACACUAUAUGUGCUUUGAAUGGGUCUAAAACAUGCAAAACCGAUGGUUAGGUCCUUUUUUAAGAGAAAAUGUGUUCUUUUCUGAUUUACAAAGUCAAGUAAAGAAAAUGACCACGUAGAUCUGAUAGAACUCGCAUGGUUUAACGCCGUUAAACACACUCACAGAAACUGCAACUGAGCAGCAUCCCACUUUAUUUAACUCCAAAACCUUUAACCUCAGACACACACACUGCUGCCACAUCACCCCACUGCUCGAGUAACCUCAUGGCCUUUGAUGCUGUCCUGUUGUCAUGCCAACAAACUCAUCAGCAUUCAGUGUGGUAGUUGGACGGUCAGGACCCAGGGAGAGGGACAUAUUGUUAAAGUUUGUCAUGCUGGUGACUCACACUCCUUUCUCGCAUUCACAAGACACCACACACACACACACACACACACACACACACACACACACACACACACACACACACACACACACACACACACACAUACACCUACACACUCCUUCUCAUUUUUUCCUUUUUUUAAGUUUAUUCGUCUUUCUUCUCUGUUUGAUCUGUCCUCUUGCUGCACUCCAUUUAAAAGGGAGAAAUUUGCUGGAUUGUUUGUCAUUAUUUUUAAAAUUUCUGUCCUGAUUUUCUGCCAUCAAUGUAUUCAUCUGGGGCGGGAAAAUGCUUUUCUUCCGUUAAGUCAUUUAAGGGCAAUCAAUAUAAAUGUAAUAUUUGUAUACAGUAAAUAUACAGCAUUAUAUGCUCCGUCUCUAUUUUUGAGUGUAAGUCCUGAUGAUUUGUGCAGCUCAAACGGGGAAUGUAUGAAGGCCUGAUUGUAAAGGCUUUAUUAGCUUCUGUAUGAGGUCGUUGUUGGAAUUAAUAAAAAUGAUGAA